CUCUCUCCCAUCAUUUCAUCUAUCUAUCUGAUCUCAUCUCCUAUCUUCUCCCUCCUCUCCUCCUCCUAGCUUCCAGCUCUCUCUCUCUCCUCUCCGUCUUCUGCCUGCCGCCCGCCCGCCCAUGUCCGUGGCGCCGUGCGCGCUCCUCCUGCCCUGCAAGCUGCUUCUCCAGCGAAAAGGCCGCGCCUUGACGCACCUCCGAUCCGCCUCCAACGCCACCGCCGCCCAAGGAAGGGCCCGGGACAGAGCGUUCCGCGGCUAGGCAGCUAGCUGAUCGGCGGACGUGACCAGAGGCGGCAGGGAGGGCAACAGACCAGCGAGCGCCCGGCGAUUGCUUUAUUUGCCUUGGGUGCUCCGGCCGGGGAAGGAGAGUUGGUGUUGGUUGGUUCUCCUUCGUUCCAUGCAUGGAUGGCAAGGAACUCAUCUCACAGUCCGACCUCCAAUCAUUCUACCAGCAGCAGCAACAACAGCAGCAGCACCGGGCCUUUGGCGGCGGCGGCGGGCACCAUAGCCCGUCCUCGCUGGCCGGGAUGCACUCCGUCAUCCGCCCCAUGCCUAACAUGCCCAACAUGAACAUGAGCCCCACGGCGAUCCUCAACUCCAUCGGCGGGGGCUCCCUCGCCGGCAUGCAGUUCCAGAUGGACCCUCCGCCGCCGCCAUUGCUGCACACCACCACCGCUGCCGCAGCCAUGGGGGGCUCCGCCUCCGGCCCCGGCGCCGUCCCGCCGGUACACGCGGAGCCUGUCAAGCGCAAGAGAGGGAGGCCGCGCAAAUACGGACCCGACGGCACCAUGAAGCAGCAGCAGCAGCAGCAGCAAGCCGCCGCGUCGCAGCAGCACCUCGUCGCCGCGCCGCCGAGGAUGGGGUCCUUGUCGUCCGGUCCUGACAUGCUCGGCGGCUCUGGGAUGGAGGACGCCGCCCAGAAGAAGCGGCGCGGCCGGCCGCCGGGCACCGGCAAGAAGCACCAGCCCUCGCCCUCCCAAGGCAAUGCGUUCGCCGGUUCGGCUGGAACGAGCUUCACUCCGCACAUCAUCACGGUGUCUCCUUCAGAGGACGUGGCGGCGAAGAUCGUCGCGUUCGCCACCCAGUCGUCAAGGGCGGUGUGCGUCCUCUCGGCGAUGGGCUCCGUCUCCAGGGCCGUCCUCCGCCACCCGGCCGACGGCUCUCCCAUGGCGAGGGUUCACGCUGCGUCGCCGCAGCCGUACAAGAACAACCCUGCCAUCUACGAGGGGUUCUAUGAGAUCCUGAGCCUAACAGGCUCGUACAACCUGGCCGAGGGCUCACAAGCACAGGGACAGGGCCAGCAGAGCGGCGGGCUCAGCGUCACGCUCUGCAGCCCUGAAAGGAAUGUGAUCGGAGGUGUUUUGGGCGGCCCACUGGUAGCUGCAAGCACCGUGCAGGUGGUGCUGGGGACUUUUCACCAGGGAGGGUCGAGAUCCAAGUCCAAGAAAGCCGGGAAGCUGCAGCAGCAGCAGCAGGCGGCCACGGCGACAGCGGCGGCCUUCAGCUCCGACUCGCUCACCGGCGGCCAGGAGGCGUCGCCCAGCUCCGGGCACAACCAAAAUCUAACGCCGCCGCCCUCCGUGACGGGAGGGUGGCCCACCUCCGGGAUAUUUGACACGAGAAGUUCCAGCAUUGAUAUCAACUCAUCUAGAGGCUAGCUCAUUUGUCGAUAAUUCCAGCUCUCGAGAAAUUUUCUAUUUUCGCACAAGAAUACCCGAAACCAUACUUCGAAAUAGCUUAUUCGGUUCUUUUUUUUGAGUAUAAGUAAAUUCUUAUAGAAUUCACUAGGCAUCGCUCAAUGUUGCGACCUGUGUUAUUAUUUUUAGCAUAUUCGAUUCCAACUGUCCCCCUU